AUGUCAACACCACCGCUACUGUUCCUGUACCAGACUCGAACCAUUCUUCGAUGUCGACGUCUCCCCAGCAUAACCCGCUCUAUGCAUGUCUCACCUUCGCAUCGACGAAAAAGUGACGACCACAUUCCUUUCGCACGAGAAAUUCCUGAAGAUGUACUGCCGCUGGAAGACACCAAGGAAACACGCGGCACCAUCACCCCAACAGAGCGACAGACCUUUGAUCGCAUCUUCUCCGACAUUGCUGCGCGAGGUCUCAAGCCCAGACCACAACAAGACAGAAAUGCGCAAUCUUCCGAAACUACGCGGCGCGCGGCCAACUUGAUUCUGGAAGCCGCCGCGUCUGACGAUGCUGGCAAGGGACUCCGCGGAAAACCAAUCUCUGCCGCCCAGAUGGUAUCAGCAGCCAAGGACAAGGAAAAGGCACUGCUCAGAUUUCCCCCCUCCCUCCGAGCUGCCGCCACUCGAGCUUUUGAACUCCUCAAUCCAGACCACCCGUCGUCGUAUGCGCCGGCUGCGGCUUCAACUACCGCCGACGGCGAUGCGAACAGUUCGGAUGAAAUAUGGGAGACACCAAAGAAUUCCACCAUGCGACUAGUCGAAGUGGAUGCGAAGCGAUACCCAGAACAAAAGCGCGUAGAAGAUCUCAUGUCGACUGCCAAGUCUGAUUUUGAGCUUUGGGAUAUCAUGGAGCGCGAAGUUUUCACAUAUCCUCAAAAACUCGGCCUGCACAACGUCACGGCCCCCGUAAAGAUUAGCGGAAAGGCAAGACGUAAGGAUAGAAAGAAGAAGCGCCAAGCACAAGAGCAAGCGACGGGGCUGCCACAUGAAUCAAAAGAAGAUGUCUUUGAGGGCGAUCCAAAGUUGAACCUAUACGUCUACGGUCCACUAUACCCUUCAUUUCUCCUAUUCGGACUUCGUCUCCUUGACAAGGGCUUUGUGACACCAUCACCUCUGGCUCUGUCCGUUUUGCCUCGGAUCAAGGAGCUUGGCCUGGAAUCCUUUGUGCUUGGUGUCUCGACUCCUUUUUACAAUGAACUCUUGGGCAUUUACUAUGGAAGACAUGGUGAUCUGACUAAUAUGAUGACACUAUUGGAGGAAAUGAGCCAUUCCGGCCUGUACUUGGACGAAGGCACAGUCUCCGUGCUUAUCAAAGCUUACAAUCAGACUGAACAGCUUGCAACAGGGGCGCAUGGGCAGUUUGCUCACGCCUUCAUGACAAUGCCUGCAUACGAAAAGUCUGUACGGAAUAGCAUCAGGCACUGGCAUAGAGACGUCGACCUCUCCAUCAAACAGCGGGAUGCGGACAUUGAUUACAGGCAAAUGUACCGCGGUUAA